AUUACAAUAAAAUUCACCUUUUCUUGAACUUUUUCAUAUAAAUAGACAAAUAAAAUUCUCAAUAUACUGUAAAAUGCAACAAUAUUGAGCUACACAAAAAUGGCAUCAACAACAACAUCCUUAUUACCCAACCAACAACAACAACAACAACCACAACAACAACAACAACAGCCCCAAGAGGAAGUGCCAUACACACAAGUUGUACCAAACAACAACAACAACAACAAUGCAUGGCAUAACAACAUUAACAACAACAACAACAACAACAACAACAACAACAACAACAACAACAAAGGAUCAAUUGGUCCAUUUUUUGCUGUAAUAUCAGUGUUGGCUGUUCUUGCAAUAAUUUCAUGUCUUGUGGGUAGGUUUUGGCUUGGGAAGGAAGAGACUCCUCUUGAGAGUAUCAAGUACAGGGGUUCGUGUUUCGGGUGGUUGAGACGACGGUGGUGGCGCCGACCUUUUGCUAGGGGUGUUGAUGUUGGUGGAGUUAGAGGUGGGAAAGUGGCUGCUGUUGCUCCUCCUCUUGCUGAUGAGAAUGGUAAUUAGGUGGGAACUGGGAAACUAACUACAUAUUUUUUUAGUUUUGUUUUAGAACUUAGUUUUUGUUACAUAUUUUCUUUCUUUGAUAAUGUAUUGUUAUGUGCUAAAGGAUGAUUCAACAUAUAUGGGAACUUUUUAUUUCUAA